UUAAAUAGUGAAAAUAGCAGCAUGUGAAUAAAUCCCCAUCUCACCCUCCGCGGGUGCUCUCAUCCUGCCAGGCUCGGGUCCUCUACAGAGGCCUGGGAGCUGGAGGCUUCUGCAGCAUCUCAGCUGUUCCCAGAGCUGCGCUUUUCUGGAAUCAGAUGUUUCUCCUGAGAUCUGCUUCAGCCACUCCUCCAGUCUGGGGGUCAGAUGGUAAACAGGCUGUUUUCAUCGCUACACCAGAGGACUCCACAGAGCUGCACACUACAGUCCUUCACGGUUUCACUCACUGUUGGUGAAAACCAUCAGCCACGUGUCCCUUCUUCAGAGGCAGGAGAAGCGUCUCACCCAAAGAGUAACGUGUCUGUAGGUUAAAACCCAACAGUUACACCGUGCCAGACCCAAGGUGCUCCUGAGACGGUCCACCACGCAGCUGCAGGUGGGAGAUGCUGGCAGGGAAAGCUCACAUGGAACGCCGCUACCAGGUGGCAGGCAUCGUGUGCAGGAACAUCUGUGUAGAGUACGGACGGGAAGCCCCAAGGUCAAAGUGGGAAACCCUCCUAAGGUGGUUGAGAACGAAGCAGAGGAAGAUCCCAGGAGAAACAUCAGACACCUCAGCUUAGAUACUGCAGAACCUCUCAGGCCCCUCAGAGGACCCGAGCCUGGAAGGAUGAGACCACCUGAGGAGGGUUUUAGUCUACAUCCUGAGUUUUCUUGAGGCUGCAGACAGGAGGGAAGCCUCGCUGGUCUGCCGUCGCUGGUUUGACGCCAGCCAGGACCUGCGCUUUCAGGCAAUCUACUCUAGGACACCGAUAUGUUGGCUUUCUCUAAAUAAUGCUGCCUUUACAUCGUCUUCACGUCUCUGUCUUUGUGCAGAAGAAUGUGACCUUCAGUUUUCCAGGUUCAGGCGCUUCCCUGGAGCUGAUCCGAGGUCUGUCCAGAAAGUCCCGCCUCAGCCUGAAGAUCAGCCAGCUCGAUGGCUUCAGUGUGUCCAGGUCACUCCUUCUGGAGGUGGGGGAGCAUCUGGGCUCCAGGGUGGAGAGCCUGGCGCUGCCUGGUAGCAGCAUAACAGAGGCCUCCCUGCUGGCUCUCCUCCCUCGCCUCACCUCUCUUCGGAGGUUGGACCUCAGAGGCCUGGACAGUCUCUUCAUGUCGGGAGCGUUUCUGUCCAGGGAGGAUCACCGAGUGCAGGUCCGGUCCGCUUUGAUCGGUCUGGAGGAGCUUGAUCUGUCAGACCUUCGAUACCUCUCCGACCUCACCUUCAGCCGGCUCACAGGGUGCACCCCGCACCUCCGCCGGCUGUCACUCGCUGGCUGCCACAUCGCUUUCGAGUUUGACCCGUAUCGAGGCUGCCCGGUUGGCGCCGCGGAGGAUUCCUCUGCGCUCCUGUCCCUUAGAAACCUGAAGAAGCUGCUAACUGAGCAGAAAUCCACUCUGGUAGCGCUGGACAUCAGCAGGACCUCCAUCACUCCGGAGUCACUGCGCACCAUCACGCAGGUUCAGGGUUUGGUGUUGGAGGAACUGUGCCUUCAGGGCUGCAAAGAGCUAACCGACUACUCAGUGGAGAUCCUUGUGAAGCACCAGCCGAGCCUCCUGAAACUGGACAUCAGCGGCUGCACCGGGCUGACCAGCAGGUCGGUGGAGGCUGUGGCGCGGGGCCUGAACUCUCUGAGGCGCUUCUCUUUGUCUCGUGAUUGGAGGAUCACGGAGAAAGGCCUCGCCGAGCUGCUGUUGGUACCGUCCCUCAGGUCCCUGGAUCUGUCAGAGUGUCCACACAUCAGUGGAUCAGAGAUGGUGAAAGGCUUAAAGAGGCCCGGUUCUGCCCGAGCAAAGCUGGAGAGCCUCAACCUGAAGAGCUGCACCUACAUCAGGGAUCUUUCAGUUUUCUCGCUCGCUCAGCUUCUUGGGGAUUUUCUCCGCGAGUUGGAUCUGACAUCGUGUGUCAACGUGACUGACCUGUCCGUGUGUGCUAUCGCCACCUACCUGCAGAAGCUGGUAGUCCUACGACUCGGCUGGUGUAAAGAAAUCAGCGACUGGGGUCUGCUUGGGAUGAUGCAGAACGCCCGGUGUGAGCCUGGCGAUGAGGCGGGAGACAAGGGUCCCAGGUUCACUCGGACGUUCGGGAACAUGGGCUUCUUCAAGCCUCCACGAAUGCCUUUUGAGGAGCAACCCAAACUGGUGACACAGCACGACCUGCAGCAGUCCCAACAAGCCGGAACGUCGCUCUUGGCUCUCAGAAGGCUGCAGGAGCUGGACCUGUCUGCCUGCACCAAACUCACCGACAGCAGCGUCGCUCAGGUGGUGCGUCACCCAGACCUCCAGCGUCUGUCUCUCUCCAUGCUGCCAGAGAUCACCGAUGCCAGCCUGGCCUCUGUUGGCUGGCACUGCCGCAGCCUUACCAGCCUGGCCCUCAGCCACUGCCCGGGCAUCAGCGACCGCGGGGUGGCACAGGCGGUGCCCCACCUCCAGCGGCUGCAGCACCUCUACCUGUCCUGCUGUAACAAAGUCACUGACAGGUCCUUGUUCCUUCUGAUGCAACACUGCAAGCGUCUGAAGACUGUGGACAUCUCAGGGUGCAAAAACAUUUCUGUAACAGCAGUAGAUCUCCUCCAGUCGCAGCUGCCGUUUUUGGAAAACAAGCAUAAAUUCAUAGGCGGGCUUGAUCAGGCGCUCAUGACUGACUGACUGUGCUGCUGAUGCUUGUUGCACGUUUGAGCUCCAGAACUGAAAGUGUGAUUCCUAUAUCUGCUGUUCUUUCCGGCUGGCGCGGUUCUGAAAAAGGCUUUAAAGUGAAACGUGACGCGUCACCAGUGCGGGCACGGGUCACACACAUCGUGUGUUUAAAGCUGCUGAAACACCGAUGAAAGAUUGCUCGUUAUAUUCAGAUGUUUUGCUAAAAUCUGAGUUUUUUCUGUAAGAUUCACAAAACAUUAAAGUGAUUCAACAGCAGAA